AUGCUAUCAAGCCAUUUCAUCCAGUCUAGAUAUUCGUUCAUUGGACGAAGUCCUCUUGCACGUUCCUCGUUGGCUCGGGAUUCUUACAGCGACAGUGUAACAAACGCCUUGCUCGAGAACUCGCUCUCGACGUGA